CAAAUUGAAAUAUCAUAGCGAAGCAAAAGAAUUCAUAUAUUUGUCAAGUUGCAAGCCGUAUCCAAGUACAAUGGAGAAGACUAACUUCAAGUUGUUAUUCUUCGUCGGGCUGUUGAUUUUUGUUGUCUUCUUUGGGAACGUGAAUCACAUUGGAGCAGAAGCUAGCUACGUAAGCAAACGGUGUCGAGGUCCAGAUGAUUGUGCUUCGUGGGGGCCCGAAUGCCACUGUGACAUGGGGCUUCAUGCGUGUGUAUGCAAUGUACCACCUAGUGGAAAAUCUCAUCUAAAUUUCAAUGGGAUGGAAGAAGGAUAUUAAACAAAACAUGGGUAUAUCAUAUCAUAAGAAUAAAGUAAUUGAGAUUGAAGAAUAAAUGUUAAUGUGC